CGGGCUCCUCCUCCGUGACGUCCCGGGAAGCACCGCCCCCAGAUCCCUGGGACUCCGGUGAUAGCCGCGGCUCGCUCGCGCCCCGGAAACUGCCCCUUCUCGGGGGUCAUGAUGGGCAGCAAGAUGGCGUCUGCCAGUAGAGUCGUUCAGGUAGUCAAGCCACACACUCCAUUAAUAAGGUUUCCUGACAGAAGAGACAAUCCUAAACCCAAUGUAUCAGAAGCUUUGAGAUCAGCAGGGCUACCAUCUCACUCUUCUGUAAUUUCACAACAUUCUAAGGGAAGUAAAUCACCAGAUUUGCUGAUGUAUCAGGGUCCACCAGACACUGCAGAAAUAAUAAAAACAUUACCUCAGAAAUACAGAAGGAAACUUGUGUCUCAAGAAGAAAUUGAAUUUAUCCAACGUGGAGGUCCUGAAUAACCAUGUUGGCUGCUGUUUGUCAUCAGACAACAGAAUUGUCUUUACAAUAAAGGACUUCUGAAACGACAGAUGAGAAACUGUAUAUUAAACCCUUUAAUAAAUAUUCUGAAAAAAAAAUGAAAUAUAGAAAAUUUAGAUGGACACUUGUAUCUUCUAAUUUAUGUAUCUUGGUCAGCUUUUCCACAGCUUACCUAAUUGUUUAUAUACUUUAUACUUAUUAAAGUAUACAUUUUUAAAUGUUA